AUGACAAGUUAUUUUCAUCUUUCAAAAACCUUCAUUAUUCUACUAUCGCUAUUUCACAGCAUACAAUCACAAUCACAACCAUGGUCACCACUAGAUGCACCAAAAGAACUUGUCCAAAUGCUUAUUCGUGACCCUUUUACCCUUUCAUUAGCCUCAACUGAUUUUGGUCACAUCAUUCACCAAAACCCGUUUGCAACUUUUGCACCAUCCUCCAUCCACGACAUAUCAAAACUGAUAAAAUUCUCAAACUCACUUCCAAUCCCUUUUACCAUAGCUGCUAGAGGUCAAGGACAUUCGGUGAAUGGACAAUCCAUGACAAGUGAUGGUGUUGUGGUGAACAUGACUGAAUUGAAUAAUGGAAUUGUUGUGUUUGAUGAUUAUGUUGAUGUUGGUGGUGAACAAAUAUGGAUAGAUGUUUUGCAUGCAUGUCUUGAAAAAGGAUUAACACCACUUUCUUGGACUGAUUAUUUGUAUUUAUCUGUUGGUGGAACACUCUCUAAUGCUGGGAUUAGUGGACAAACUUUCAGAUUUGGUCCUCAAAUUUCCAAUGUUCAUGAAUUGGAUGUUAUUACAGGGGAAGGAGACUUGGUGACUUGUUCUACAAACAAAAACUCUGAAUUAUUUUACGCUGUUCUUGGAGGUUUAGGCCAAUUUGGAAUUAUAACAAGAGCCAGAAUAGCUCUAGAACCUGCACCGCAAAGGGUGAAGUGGCUGCGUUUACUUUACAACAACUUUUCUAUAUUUUCUGAAGAUCAAGAACAUUUAAUCUCUUUCAAUGGGAUAAAUGAAACUAAUGCACCCAAUUAUGUAGAAGGAAUGUUACUACUAAAUCAACCACCAAUAGAUCUAUCAUUUUAUCCCGAAAUCGAUAGAUCUCGCAUAACUUCUCUCGUAACCCAACAUGAUAUUAUCUACGUCAUUGAAGUCGUCAAAUAUUACGAUGAAAACUCUCAAGAUCAUAUUCAUCAGGAAAUUGAAACUUUGGUUCAAGGACUAAACUUUGUACCUACUUUUAUAUUUGAAAAAAAUGUGUCAUAUGAAGAAUUUUUAAAUAGAGUUCAUUCUGAUGAACUUGCAUUAAGAAAAGAAGGACUUUGGGAUAUUCCACAUCCAUGGUUAAACAUGUUUGUUCCAAAAUCUAGAAUGGCUGAUUUUGAUGAAGGUGUGUUCAAAGGUAUUAUCCUUAAACAAAAUAUUACAGCAGGACUUGUAAUAGUUUAUCCAACAAACAAAGCAAAGUGGGAUGAUAAUAUGUCAGCAGUUACACCUAAUGAAGAAAUUUUCUACAUUGUGAGUCUUUUGCAUACAAGUGAAUUUGAUAAAUUAGAGGAAUUUCAGAUUCAAAACCAACAAAUAUUACAAUUUUGUAAAGAUGUUGAUAUAGGGAUGAAACAAUAUCUUCCACUAAAGAAAACACAUGAAGAAUGGAUUGAACAAUUUGGCGACAAAUGGGAAGUUUUUGAGAAAAGAAAGGCUCUCUUUGAUCCAAAUAAAAUAUUGUCACCAGGGCAAGGGAUUUUCAAUUAA